AUGUCGGAACUCUCUAUCUUCGUUUUUCCGGCGGCGUCCCUUGUGGUGGCCCUCACUUUGGAAGUUGUCAAUAAUAAGGUUACGUUUUAUUCAUUUUUAUUCAAAUUAAACAUUAAAUGUUCCAGGUACGAUUUCUUGGCAUCCCCGACAGCGUUUUCCAAUUCACUUUUGCCAUUUUUGCGGCGUAUGUUUCUGGUCUGAAGUUGGUCAAGCAACUCAAAGUUCUUCAGAAUGGCGACUUUUCUUUUUCUGCCACAUGAAAUCGCAAAAGAGGUUACUGAAAAGUACACUUGGAACCAAGUCUCGCCUCAGGCGAUUUUAGUAGUGAGUUAAAAUGACCGUAUCUAUAAGUCUCUGUUCUUGAGAUCACACUACCGCCGCUGCUUUUCGAAGCGGCAUUUCGCGUCAAAUCGCACAUGUUCUUCAACAAGUUGAAGCUGAUCGUCUCUUUGACAGGAGCAGCUUACAUAGGGACGAUCAUCAUCUCCGCCGGCGUGCUACUACCGAUGUUCUGCAUCACCGACUACCUCAGAAUCAGCUCGGCUAGUCAUCAAUAUAAUUUUUCUUCGGUUAAUUCAGAAAAAAAUUCCUCCUCGAUGACUUUGAAGAGCUUUUUGGUUUCAACUUUGAGACUAAACUAAAAUUUUUAAAAAAAUUAAGCGAUUUUAUCUAUUGGAAUUUAUUGAUGGCCGGUGAAAGAUUUUUGAAAUAAAAUUAAUAUAAUUUUUCAAAAAAACUCGAAAAAAAUAAUUCAGUUUUUUUAAAAAAUAUAUGUUGACUUCAACAGCCUAGGCUGUUGACAGGCGCCUGUUAGCAAAAAUUUCUAAUUGAUUUUUUUCUUUUUUCGCCUUUCUGUGCAACAUUACGUCAUUCUGCAGCUUGGGCGUUUUUAACACCGAAAACUUCAAAGUUCUUAAUUUCACUAAUAAUUUCAAUAAUCUUUCUUUUAAAAUGUUGUCCCUCUUCUCUAAUAUAAGUUAUAAGUUUUGUCGAUUGAUAUAUUUUUUCCAGGUAUUCCUUUUCCUGAUUAUAAUCUCGUCAACAGAUCCGGUGGCUGUCGUGGCGAUUUUAGAGCAAUAUGGUGCGCCACAUAGACUUCGUGUACUCAUUGAGGUGCUGAGAAAUCCUCUCAUUUUCCAAAAUAUUAUUUUCAGGGUGAAAGUUUGCUGAACGACGGCGCUGCCUUGAUGUUCUACCACAUGUUCGUCAGCUACCUCAGGGUAUUUUUUCUAUGGAUAGGAUCUGAAAAUCGGCAUAUUUCCUAGAUGGAGACUAUCCGAGACUUCCAAGUCGAUUACAAAUGGAUGGCCAUCGAACUCGUGAUGUGUUUGGCGGGCUCUCCUCUGAUUGGCUGGGUCGCCGCUCAGCUCUGCGCCCUUCUCGUCAGCAAGGCUGCUGGCAAUCCUCAGCGACAGGUUCGCAAAAACUUUGAAAAUUUUGUUUUUCUGUAAAAAGGUAGUAUCUAACGUUGCUUGCCUACAAACUGUGCAAGACAAUGGAACUCUAAAUCGAUCUCGAUAAAUUAGAAUCUUCGCAGUUUGCAGGAUUUUCCUAUUCAUCUUUGUUUUAUCAUGUUUUAUCAUACUUUUCAAGAUCAAGGUUUCUCAGUUUGGUUACAACUUUCAGCUCAUAAUCUUUCUGUUUGUCUACGGAGUUUUCAUCUUCUGUGACAAGAUUCACGGUUCUUCGGCCGUCGGCCUAGUUUUCUUCGGAGUUAUGCUCAACUAUUGCAAGUCUGUUGGGAACGAACCUUUCUUUAGGAAAAAAGUCUGAUUCAGGGAACAAAUGAGUCCAGAAACCUGUGAGAUGGCCCUGCAACUGUGGCAAGUCUUGGGAUAUCUGGCCAACGGCCUCAUUUUCAUGUUUGCCGGAUAUCUCGUCGGAUCGGAAAUGUUCACGGAUGUACCUGAGAUCUUGAAUAUUCUGUUUCGAUAAGAAGAUGAUUCCAGGUGGUGCAUAGAGAGCACGGAGAUGACGAUUACGCGGACGUGCUGACCAACGAAAUGUUCACUUUCCUCCAGGGCGUCUUGGUUUCGCCGGUUCCGUUCUUCGCCAGAGCUGCGAGCCUUUAUAUGUUCUACAAUGUUUGAUCUUUUUUUCAAGAGCUACAGAAAGCUUCCCGCUUAAGUGUGAUUUCUGAUAAGUCUAGGAUUUUUAGUGUCCUAAUUUUACGCUCUUUCUACUCUAUUUGUCUUCGAGGCUUGUGAAAAAAAUUAGAAAGCUAUUCAAAAUUUUGAAAAAAAAAACAAAUUUACCGACUGAGCUCGUGUUCUCUGAAAAAAACCGAUUUUUUGAUUGCAUUUCCUGGCCAAUUAUUGUAAUUUUCUCAAGGUAUUUGGCUAUUUCUCGAAACGUCCGAUGCCUGCGCCGAAAGAUUUCGUCAUUCUGUCCUAUGCCGGCCUUCGCGGCGCCUUGGGACUCAUUCUCUCCAUGGAACUUGUCAAAGAUGUUUUAUUUUUCUAUUAUUCUGAAAAAAAGGUGUCUUCAAUAGGUGAGAAGCCCGGACUGUAAGAAGGUCCUCAUCCUUGUCUCUGCCACAACCGUCACUUGUUUGAUCUUCCAGGUCUUCCAUUUUCAAUUUUUUUACAAUUGAUCAACGACUUUUCAGGGCAUGACAUUUUCUUCUGUCGCUUUCAAAGAAGGAAGCACGAAAAGGUCGAAAUACGUCAAGGAAACUUGUACGCGAAUGUCUCGUUUUCUGACCAACAAGGUUAGUGAAAAACCUCAUCAUAUAUAUAAAAAUGAAGAAAAAAAUACAGUGUGAGGGUCUUUUUUUCAGAAUCAUUCAGGCAUUUUAUUUUUUUAAUUUUUUUCUGUGUUGCGAGCGCUAAAAUUUGUUUUUUUAACGUCUCAUUCUCUCCUGAAAUUGAAUAUGAAUUUCUAUUUUUUUUACCUCUCGAGAUAAAGCUGGAGAAAGCAAUACUUUCGCGGCCAUUUUGAAGUUCAAAUUUUUGAACAAGCGGGAAAAAUAUCAAUUGGUUCAGCUAAAAUUUAGAAAUAAAUUUAAUGGUUAUUCUUUUUCCGUUUUUUUCAAUGGAACUGUUGUCUUUACUGAAACUUUUUCACAGGUUCAAGAAGAAAUAAGUGCUUGUCAAAAAGUUCUCAAGCUCGUAUCUGAUCGGAGCAAAUUGGGAAGUUGCUUCUGCAGAAGUUUCUUCCUGUUUGGCACAUCAUACACAUGAAUUGGAACAGGAAAUGGUGUUAAUUAAAAUAAUUGAAGGAUAAAACCAGCGUUUGAGGUUGAUUUGGACGAAGGAGAGUGGGCCUCUCCAGAGAGCAAGGGAGUCGCAGAAGUGACCGAAGCAAAAAUCGGACUCUAUGGCAUUUUGCUGGCCAGAGUAAGACUCAGAACUCUCUGCGAUGGAACUUUCGACAGGUUCACGAUUCCUGGGAGACGGGAGCGCUGUCGGGAAACUGCGCCCACAUGAUCGUGGCGCUUCUGGAGCACGGCAUCGACGAAGGCAACAUCACGGCCCUCGACAUCGAGGAGCACAUGCAGAUGUUCGAGCCUUCCUUCUUCAUUCUCGCUCUUCUGUCGGUCUUCCGAGUCUUUCGGGUUCGCGUAUCCUCUUGAAAGGACACGAGAGGUUGUAGAAAUGGCUGCGGAAGUGCGGCUGGCUGUGCAACGUCGCUCCGGUGAUGUCCAACCCGUUGAUCGUGACGUUCAGCAAGAAGGCCAAAGUUCAGAAGGCCAUCCCCAGAACAUUUGAAAUGUGAUAUCAAUUUCUUGCUUCUUAAAUUCUUUCUUUAAGUUGGUACAUCUUUCACACGCUCGUUUUUGUCUUUUUCACCAUCUUUUUGGCCUACAACUUGUUCGAAAAAGAAGUUGUACUUCUGAAAAAGCGUUUUGAGCUGUUCAUUCAGAAUGAUGUCGAGAAAUGCGAGAACUUGGUUUUGCUCCUCUUGUGUCUCCUGUCGAUUGCUUUCGAAGCGAUGGCCAUAAUGCAUAUCAAAUAUAAAGAUCCUCCAAGUACCGAGUAAGUCAUGAAAAACUGUCUUUUUAUGGACAAAAGAAAUGAAAAAAGACGCAUUUUCAGACUUUUUUUUUGCGACACAAAAAUAAUAAUUCUUGCCUAGAUCAGACGUGCAGAAAAAAAAAUUUAAAAUUGUUUCUGGUCUUUUUUUUCUCUGAAGAGCACAAUUAAAUAAAUUCGAAGAGUCUUUUCAGGGUUUAUUCGAGAAAUUUCUGAUUUAUGAAAAACUACAUUUCAAAGCAAAUUUUGUUCAUAAUCACAAUUUUACGUCUUGAUGCAUUUUCCGCUUCUCAACUGAAUAGGAAAUUGUUUUUUUGAAAGUUUUCUUGCGUCGCGAUUAUAGUGGUCCGAAUUAUUCUUCAGAAAAAGUUUCAAUAGUUUUUUUUUCGCGUGAAAUGAAAAAAUUGCGAACAGAAUAUUUUUCAGAAGAGCAUUCGAAAUCGUGACGACUUCCUUGGAGCUCUCGAUGGCGAUUUCCGCGCUCGGAAUCCAAAUUACAAUGCUUUUCGGAGGACGCUGUUUCUUCUCCAACUCCUUGAGUAAAAUAGAACUUCAUUUUAAUAACUGUCUUUUUCGCAGACUUUGAAUGUCUGUACAUGUCGAUAGCCGUUCUGGCCAUCAUGAUGAUCAUUUCACUGUAUCGCAUCACUCGCGCCACGCCCAUCUUCAUAAUUGUUGUCUGGGAGUACUGUCAAAUGAGGAAGGCGGGCAUCCAGUUGAUGCGCAGCUAAAUGAUCUUCCUUUCAGCUGGCUCGGGAACGAUUGCGCUUGGCCGUUUUCUACUUCUUGCACCAUUUGAUGCACGAGGCGAGCUCCAAGAUUUCCCACGACCUUUUCGGAGACUCUGCUUACAAAAUUGUCAAGAAAGAAAUUCGUCACUUCAGCAAAGUCCGAAAUUUGCGUUUGGAAUGGCUGUGUUACUGAAUUUUCAGCUUCUGGAGGGAUUGAUGCGCCUCGAAUUCAAGGAAAACGUAGAAGGUUUACUCACUUGCCAAAAAUGGUCGCAUAGGGAAUGGAUUGGAGCGGAACGGUUGCGAGCUAGUUGCUGUUAAGAGUCUUACCGUUACCGAAACGCUUUGAGCUUUUCCAAAUGCAACCUUUUUAUUAAUCCUCAAUCUCUAUUCAUCAUUCAAUUUUCCAAUAGACAGGGAUGCGAAAUUUUCCGUAAUUUAGAGCUGGACGUGGUGGCAGUGAUCAAAACGAGGCAGGCGAUAAGAAUGAUGUCUUACAAUUUGCACAAGAUUCUUAACAACUUGCAAAAGUAUAGAAUCGAAUAACGCCUCUCGAUUCUACGGAACAGCUUUAGGGAAGGGUUCAUCCCCAGCGAAACGGAAGAACGAUGGAAUGAGGUCGUGAAAGAGCUGAGAUCCAACGCCGACUCUCUGCAGUUUGUCGCGCAGCUCUCCUAUAGGUGCUGUUGCAAAAAAUUCUUUUUUGGCUGUAUUAAUGUUGUUCUUUGAGUGUCUACAAAGUCUAUGUUCUCGAAACACGCAACACUUUUUAAAAUUUCUCAUAAUUUUUAACGUUCGAAAAUCUAUGACUCAGCUUGUUGCGUAUUUAUUAGGGUUCAAAGAGAAAAAAGGGUUUUGCAAAGCUCUUUCAGUGAUUACCUCGUCAAUGUUAAAUGGAUCCAAAAAUUGCGAGAAACAACGAGGAGAGACGUCAUUCGGAUCCUUGCUGAAGCGCUGAGCGCCAAGGUCAGUUUGAAAACGAGGAUUCUGAAAGUUUGUGGUUUCUCAAUUUUUAAGGAGCCAAUAAGACUUGCGGCCAAAGAAAUGAUCACUACGAACGGCUCGUGUUUCUACUUUAUCAAAAAGGGAAUCGUGAAGUUGCCAAAGAUUUUUGUUAGCAUCAAAAGCUCGGUUAUUAUUCAGGAUGACAGAAUGGGUACCGUGUCAGCUGGAAUUCCGGAACGAAGUCUACCAGAUGCAGGGAGAUUUUAUUGGCACUCGGAACCUUCUGUUGAUGGAUUCUCGAAGGGAAAACGAGGCUCUCCCCUUGCUUUUCCCUAAAAGAAGGUGCCAAGAUUCCGAGAAUCCACCAAGUCACGAAGAAAUAACAGAUAUGAAACGACCACCUACUGUGAGAUUAUUUGGAUCGACGGCGACAUAAUGAAACGAAUGCUCAAAGCGGACAGCGGCCUUUGCCAGUGAGUCUUUUGAAUCAAAGGGCAUGAAAAUGCGCUUUUUUUCAAUUAAUGUGGCCGUUACUCUGUCAAAGCAUUAGGAAAAGAAACGAAAUUUCGGCAAAAUUCAAAAUAAUAUCUCGAAUGAAAUUUUUGAUUAAAAAUUAAGAAGCCUUCGCUUGCCUGAGACUUGAAUAACGCAAACUUUUUCAAUUUUCCUAAGCGUUUUUUUAUUCCCACUAAUUUUUACCAAUGAAACAAUUUUUGCCAUAAUUGAAUAGAGGUAGAAAAAAAACUUCAAAAUAGUUUGAAAAGUAAAAAGGAAUAGUUUCUCAGUUUUUUUGGGGAACAAAUCCACUUAAAAAUGAGUUUAGUGAUUUAUUUAUGUAGCGUAAAAACUUCUUGACCAGGAUUAAUGACUUUAAAAUUAAAUUAUUGUAGUUUAAAUUAUAAGUUUUUUUAUUUUUAAAGGGUUACAUUCGAAAUAAAUUGCCGUUUUUUUAAAGGCAUAGGGGCAGUAAAAAAAACGGUGUUUCAGUUCAAAGCAGUACUUUGUAGAGCUUUUCAUUGCGAAUCGAACGGUGAACUUGGAAAUGUACCAAACCUCCUAGUUUUGGAGAAAAAAUAAUUCAAAGUCGGAGAGAGGAAAGUUUGAGUUCCCGCGAAAAGGGCGCUUUGCAGUAAAGUUGCUCUAUGGACAACAGGCUUCGCCAAUUUCCGGUUUUUUCAAAGUUAAAGGCGGGAAAGUAAAAUCGCGUUUUUCUUCUAAAGUUGUCACAUCUGUAAUUUUUUUGAGUACACCAUUCGAUUUGCAAUGAAAAACUAUAUAAGAUACUGCUUUGACCUGAAACCCCAUUUUUUACUGCCCCUAUGCCUUUAAAGCCAGCUCAUUAAUUGAAAAGAACAAAAAUCACUCAAAUAUUUUUCAGAGCUGUCGGGGCAUAUGUGCAAUCAUCACGCCUUAUAACAGAAAUUAGCCACGUCGUAAAGUAAUUCUUUUCGUUUUUAUCUGGGGUCCAGUUGAGUUUUUCAGGACUCCGGACAUCAAAGAAAAGUUUUGGGAUCAUUUUGCGCGGCACGGAAGAACGAUCUCUACCAGGGAGACCAUAAACGUUCCAGAUGGAAAAAUUGCUUUCAUUGGGUCAGAAUUUCCUGAAUAUUGACUAUUUUUCCCCGAUUUAUUUUUUAAGAUGUUGGACCAAUAUCGUUGCGAUUGUUCCACGAAUCCAUCUGGAUAGGAAUUUGCUUUUUGUCAGGGGACCGGCUGCGAUGUGCAUCGAGCCUGUCAGUCCGAAAGUUGUACGUUUCAUUUUUUCUCUUCGUCGGCUUCUCGAACGAUUUUCCAGUCUUUUAAAACUGAACUGAAAAAGAUGCAAAAAUAGACGCGUGAAAGUUUAGACCAGAAUUCUCAGACCAACAAAGAAGUUUAGAAAAAAGGUGUACAAAACAUCUGUCGCGUAAUAGACUUUUAAUGAAUAUUUGAAUCUUUAUUUUUAUACUUGAGCCCGGAAUAUAUGACUUGAAUCAAGUUUCUGGGCUGUAUUCUAAGCUGAAAAGGGAAGUCAUUUUACUGAAUCAGCCAGAAACCUUACAUCACAAACAAAUAUCCUGAAUCUCCUCUUUACCAAUAGAGAAGGUUGAAGUCUCAAAAUGACCUAUUUAGUCGAUUUCUGAUAGUUUUUUUUUAAAAUUUAACGCGUCCGUUUGGAAAAACUUGCGCAGGUCUUUCAGGACCUUCUUGAAAGCUCUGCAGGCCAGCUUGAUCUUCUUGAAGCAUUCAACCAAUUGUCUUCAAUUUUCUGAAAUAGCCGUAAUAUUUCAGCACGGCUACAUUUACAUAGACAAGGAGACGUUCCGCGACGUGAGCAGCACGACGAAUGAUAGCGAUAAUAUUUCGAUUGUUCACGACACGGACAUGGUAUUCUUGAGAAUAGUUCGAAAAUGUCGAGCCCUUCCCAGAAAGUCGUUGUGAAGCACGCCGCCCACAAGAAAAUGUCGUCUUCCGACGCUCCUCGUGCCAGAGAAUCGGUCCGAUCGAUCGAACACAAAAUGAGUGCCCAGUCAACGCAGCCGUCUCUGGUGACAAACGAAGAGGUUCUGCAGCCGCAGUCGACUCAAGAAGGAACCACGAUUUCUGGCGCAAGUCGCAACGGACAGUCUCCGGCUGGGGUACGUCUUCUCUGCGAAAAACUGAUGAGAGUAGGAGUUAGAAAAAAAUAAGCCCAAGUUCUUGAAUCUCUUUUUUCUCUAACCAAGUUUUGGUUGAUUUUGUUUAAAAUUAGGUUUGUCUUUUUUUGAAAAAGUUUCAGAGCUCUAUAGUCACAUAAGUCGAAAAUCUCUUGAUUUUUACUUUCAGUGAUAUAAUGUCUAGAAACUUUUGAUUUGAUGAUAAUAUGUUCAUUUCAGAUAUUAAAUCCGGGGAUCGGUGUGAAGAGCGACGAAAAGUUGAAGAAAAGUGGGAAGAAGUCCGAGACUCGGGAAAAGCAGAGUAGCAACGAAAAACAUAGAAAUGACCAGGUCGGAAGCCGAGACUUCGCACGGCAAAACGACGAAGUUCACGAUGUACAACACGGCGGCAGCCACGAGACGAGGGGAAGUCAGAAGAUGGACCAUUUUCAUCUGAGGAAACCCAAGGCGAGUCGCAGCAACGAGACCCAUCGUGAGGAACAGCGCCCCAAGAAGCAGAGCACCAACGAGAAACAGAGGAAUGAACAGCUCGCAAGCCUUGAAAAAGUCCACAAAACUUGGAAUGAAACGCACCGUCGAUCCAAACAAAGCACCAAAAAUGAUACAAUUCGCGUGGACCGCAGUCGAGUCGCCAUUAGAAAAAGCGAUGAGAAGGAUGGAAUUUAG